AUGGCCGACUUUGGCGAGUAUCCGCCCAACAUGGCGCCGCAGGACGCGCUCGUGGUGCGCCAGCAGGCGCAACCGGACCACGAAGUCGUCAAGUACACGGCAGAAGACCUUUCACGGCCCCAGGCCGGCCCAGCCUAUCCGUACAAGCAGAAGGAGAACCCGCUCAAGCGCAAGAACGUAUUGACGGGCCAUGCGGAGGAGAUGUUCCUGAGCGAACAUUCGUUCCGGCGGAAACACAGAGCGGUGGAGGCAAAGGCCGGGCCCAAGGUCAAGGUCGAGCGGGAAGGCAAGGGAGAUGCGAGCAUUGCACAGGGCGACGGCGAGUACGUUGGGCCCUGGGCGAAGUUCAAAAAGGAUCGAUACGAGGAGGUGGAGGCGGUGGGCGAGGACGAGGACGGCUACGAGUACGAGUACGCGGAUGAGGACGAAGAAGACGAGGUUGUCGAGAGCGGAACGGUGGUGCAAGCGCCCAAGGGUGCGCUGGCUCGCCGCAAGGAAGUCGAGGACCUGGGCGAGGAGACGACGACGUUCCACGGCUCGGAGGAGUACGACUACCAAGGCCGCACAUACAUGCACGUCCCGCAGGAUCUCGACAUCGACCUGCGGAAGGAGGUGGGCAGCGUUACCAAUUUCAUACCGAAGAAGCAGAUACACGGCUGGAAGGACCAUUCAGGAGCCGUCACGGCGCUGCGCUUCUUCCCGAAGUCAGGACACUUGCUGCUGUCGGCCGGCGCAGACACGACGGUCAGGAUUCGCGACGUGUACCACGACAGGGAGCUGCUGCGGACGUAUUCGGGCCACUCCAAGUCGCUAUCCGACAUUUGCUUCAACAACUCGGGAACGCAGUUCUUGUCUGCUUCGUAUGACCGCAUGAUUAAGCUCUGGGACACGGAAAAGGGCAUCUGCAUCAGCAGGUUUACUACCGGCAAGACGCCUCACGUUAUCAAGUUCAAUCCCGAUCCCGAGCACUCCAACGAGUUCCUGGCCGGCAUGUCGGACAAGAAGAUUGUGCAGUUUGAUAUACGCACGCCGAACCAGGUCGUGCAGGAGUACGACCACCACUUGGCAGCCAUCAACACCAUUACUUUUGUCGACAACAACCGCCGUUUCAUGACAACGUCCGACGACAAGUCGCUGCGCGCAUGGGACUACAACAUCCCCGUGCCCAUCAAGUACAUUGCCGAGCCGGACAUGUAUCCGAUGACGAGGGCCGCGCUGCACCCGUCCGGCAAGUACGUCGCCUACCAGAGCUCGGACAACCAGAUCCUCGUCUACGGGGCCAACGACAAGUUCCGGCAGAACAGGAAGAAGAGCUACCGCGGCCACAACAACGCCGGUCUGGCGAUUGACCUGGACUGCAGCCCCGACGGCCAGUUCCUCGCCUCCGGAGACCAGGCCGGCUACGUGUGCUUCUGGGACUGGAAGACGUGCAAGAUGUACCACAAGCUCAAGGCGGGCAACCAGGCCGUGACGUGUGUGCAGUGGCAUCCGCAGGAGACGAGCAAGGUCGUUACGGCCGGUCUCGAUGGCGAUAUCAGAUAUUGGGAUUAA